AACUCAGCCAAUCAGAGGACGCUUACGCUCCGGCUGGAGGAGAGCUCUCCGUAGUGUGUGUGUGUGUUUGUGUGCUGCUCGGUUGCUGCUUGUGUGUGUGUAUAUGUGUGAAUGUGUGUGUGCGUGUUUGAAUGCGAGCAAGUUGAUGUUAUUUUUCCCCCUUUUUUUGUUUUAUAUUUUACCAACAUAUUUGAGGUAAAGUUUGCGGCCGUGAGAGUGAACGAAGCCUAAACGAAGGAGGAUUUUUGAAACUGACUUGACUCCGCGAACUCUAAUGAACUCGAAAAUACCAAGUUUGCUCCGAGCAGCCUGGGAAAACAAGCCGCAUCUACGCAGUUCGGAGAAUUUCGGUGUAUCAUCUUUAUCGACACCGUUUGGCUUCGAGUUCUGGUUGAGUAGUUUUUGUUAUCGGCAGCUUUUGAAGUCAGAAUGCCUUUUAUUAGCCGCUCAUGUUAGCGAAUGAACUUGUGCCAGCCGUCCUUUAGGAGACAGUAAAAGUAGGUUAUUGUUGGGGACAAGCCAUACAGCUCCUUAAUUAUAAUAAAAAAUGUUAAAAACCCUGACGAAAAAGCUCAGAAGACAUUCUCUCAAUGAGAUCCAUCCUUUCCAAGUGAAGAUUUCUUAUCAUGGCAGUGGAGAGGGAGGGGAGAGCGAUGACUCAGAAGGCGAGAACCAGGAGCUUGCUCAAAUUGACAGAGAGAGACGGAGAAAUUGUGCCCUCACCCCUUUGGCCACCAGCCAGCAGCACAACCAGGGCGCCAUCUCUCCGGCCCGGCUCCGACGCCUUCGCCUCCUCUUAGACGCCAACCUGGAUCGACACUCCUCGGAGGAAGAGCUUGAGCGGAUCAGUUGUGGCGAUAACAGGAAGUGGGUGUCCGCUGUCCCCCAGCGCCACAGCGAUCAUCACAGCAGCGCUUCGAGCGACGAGGAGGUGCGGGACCUCUGUGGCUGCCGGUCGCCGUCCGCCCCCGCCAGGCCGCUGGUCGAGCCUGGUGCUUGCCUCGCUGCGUCUCCCAGCCCCGUACUCUUCAGUUCCAGCCCGCCGCAUAGCCUCAAGCCGCCCCCGAUAAGAUUUCAGCUACAGGUGGUCCAGCCAGUCGCGCGGCCCAUCAUUCUGACCCACUUUGAGCAGUCAGCACCUUAUAGAAAAUACCGACACAGCUAUAGUGGGGAGCCUGGGAGACCCAGUCUGGACCUGGAAAAAAUGCAACAGAAAAUGCUGCUGAAGAAGAACUGUGGAGGGAAAACACGGACCAUGAAGAUCCGAAAUCUGACUGGCACUCGUCCUCCACCCAGGUACACCUACGACCCGGCCAUCUUUGCCUUCCGCUCCUUGAGCACAGUGCCCCCCUGCAGCCCCCUGACUCCAUCCGAGGAUCCGCCCUGCUUAUAAGCAAAUAAUUUCAUCAUGUCAAACACCAGCCCCACACCUCUUUUUCAGGUGGCUACUUUUUUGUAGUUUCUGCAACAAGCUUAAGGACUGACCACUGGAAAGUCAUUGGUUUGAUGAUGGAACUGUUGCGCUCUCAGGUAAUCUCUCUGUGUCUUUUUGAUUGUUGCUGAAAUCAGGAGCUUUUGGAAGUAAGAAAACAAAAACAUGGCCUAGCAAAACUUUUCUGAGGAUGUUAGGUGUAUAUAUAGCUGAAAAAUUGAUCAAAGAUCAAGCAUGGACUGAAGACCAGGGCAACCUUUCUGAAGCCAGAACUUUUUGUAGUUUGGAUCGUAUUGAAGGAAAUGAUGCAUGUUAGACAAUCAAGUGGUUCCAGGGUUUCUUCCUUUGUAACUUCCUAUCUAACUAAACAAGGUGAGUUGAGUCAUCUAUCUUGUUAUGCUUAAGACAGUGGUUGCAUUUAUCUGUCUGAAAACUACUUAUAUGGAUGUGUUCUUGAGUACACAGUACUGUAAGGUCGAGCUAUAACAAACGCACAGUAGGUGAAUAGUCGACCUUUGAUGAUGAUGUACAUUUCUUACCAAGCUGUCACUUGUAGUCCAGGUCAGAGUUAUUCUCUUGCAUGAAUUCCACAGCGGUGCAGAAAGAGAUCUGUGGAAACAAUUAUGGCGGUAGAUUGCUGCACAUUUGGCUAAACAGUGGCGUGUUCUGGAUAGCCUACUUGUAGUGUGCCAUUUCUCUUUUUCCAAUAUUGUACCUCAAUGUUUCCAGGUAAAAGAGGACCACUGGCUUAUUUAUAAUGUCCCAGUGUUUCUAAAGAUCUCUUAAAUGCCUUGAAAUGACAUUCCUGUUGUAUCCAACUGAAUCUGAGGUACCUCUCAGUUCCCUAAAUGAUCAGAUGAAGUGAGUAAACACAAUGCCAUCACUGUAACUAAAGGUUUUCCGAACUGAAUGUAACAUUGACUUUUUUUUGUCCGUUGUUGCACAAAAAAACUAAUCAAUAAAAGCUCGGUGGCCUCUUGUU